GUUACUAUCGCUGAGUAGUCAUAGUUGGUUUGCGGUUUAUUGUCAAUUGAGCUGCGGAACUUAACUUCAGCACUACGGUCACAUCUGAAUCCUACAUACCAAGAACCUGAUACUAUAUCUAUCACAACACAACCGCCAAUAUGCCCGCACACCUGGGCCACGAGGAGUUCUUCACCUCCCUCACAAACCUCCUAAACACCACGUCCCAGAAAACCCGCGGAUCCGUGUACCUCACGCAGAAGCCCCUCCUCAACACCAACACCACCACCACCGCCGAGUCUGCGUCGCAACCAUCCAUCCUCAUCCGCGCGACAGACGGCAACACCAACGCCCCGAACCCCAAGACAGCCGAAGCCAAGAAGAAGGUAUCGAAGACGGGAUCGGCAGCAUCGAAGGUGAAGAUCUCGACGGUGGUGAGCCCUGAUGACUUGGAGGCGUUCUAUGCGAGGUAUGCGGAGGUGUGUAAGGCUGGGAUGACGGGGUUGAAGAAGAGGGAUCGGAAGAAGGGAAAGGCGAAGGGGAAGAAGGAGGGGGGAAAGGUUGUUAAGGGGUGAUUUUAUUGGUUUUCUAGUUGGGGGCAUGGGGGGUGAUUGAUGGACGGAUGCAUUAUGGGCGUUAGUGGGAUUAUUCUACUUCAUUUUUAUUUGAUAUAAGGGAUUUUGCUUCGAUGUAUAUGUUGUAGAUAUGUUGAAUGGGAUUG